GGGCGGGCCUGGGGCGGGCGGUGCUCCCGCAGGCCCCGCGCUGGGGCCAUGCCGGCUGUGCUCGGCGCUGCCUGGGCCCUGCUGGCUGCCGCCUUCCUAGCGCUGCUGCUGCUGCACCGGGCCCAGGCGCGGCGGCACGGCGGAGGCACCGACAUCGCCUCAGCCUUCUUGCAGGACCUCAUCCGCUACGGGAAGACUAAACGAGGCGGCGGGCAGCAAGCUGCCUGGCUGCGCCGCUUGCAGGUGCCCAAGAGGUGGUUUACUCAUUUUUAUGUAGUUUCUAUACUCUGGAAUGGCUUUCUGCUGAUGAGGCUUUUUCAAGCUGAGUUCCUUGGAGCAUCACUCCCCCCAUGGAUUCAGAUCUUCCAUAGUGCUUUUGGCAGAGAGUUGCAGAACCAGAAUACGGACAGUGAACGCUUCUCUGCACUCUUGGUUCUCCUGCUCCUUUGGCUGCAUAGCUUUCAAAGACUUGCAGAAUGCCUCUAUACCAGUGUGUUUUCCAACGGCGUCAUUCACAUUGUGCAGUAUUGCUUUGGACUUGGUUAUUACGUUGCUGUUGGCUCAACUGUGCUAUGUCAAGUGCCUACUAAUGUUAGGAAGGGAAAAGAACUUUCUGUGCAGAUCUUCUGGUAUCAUGUCAUAGGCAUUGUGAUGUACAUUUGGGCCUCUCUUCACCAGCACAGAUGUCUUGUGAUUCUAGCUAAUCUUAGAAAAAGUAAAUCAGGAAAGGUUUUAAGUCUGAGCCACAGUAUACCUUUUGGAGACUGGUUUGAAAGAGUUUCUUGCCCUCAUUAUUUUGCAGAACUCCUCAUCUAUAUAUCUAUGGCCAUCACAUUUGGAUUCCACAAUGUGACGUGGUGGUUUGUAGUGAUGUAUGUUUUUUUUAACCAGACACUGGCUGCUGUUCUGUGUCAUGAGUUCUAUCAGGAAAAAUUUACCUCCUACCCAAAGCAUCGAAAAGCAUUUAUACCAUUUAUUUUUUAGAACAUGCCUUCUGAAGUGUAUUUAGUGCAAACUGGGAAAUGUUUUCUCUAAGAGAAUGAAAAAUUUACAUUUUACUAAAGCCAAGCCAAAAUUGCACACUUUCUCUAUGCUAUAGAGCUUAAAAAGUCGUAAUUUUAAUCUCAUCAGAGUUGCUGAUUUGUGUGUGGAAACUUAAGGUCUCUGUAUCAUACAAGCAAAGAAAAAGCUUAAUGAAGACCUUAAUUACAACUGAUGAGAUGCUAACUGGGUCUUUUCCAUUUUAUAGUUUUAUGCAAAAAGCACUUACUGUUGUGCAACAAGCCAGAAUGCAUAUACAUGAAAACUGAAGAGAAAUGAUAGUGCGGGGAAUAAUUCGAACUGCUGUAUUUCAUGCCUUGCCUAAUACUUAAACAUAUUUCUUUGUGUUCUCUUUUAUUUGCAUCCCUUCGGAGGGAGGCAAAUGAUGUAUUGGCUUUCUGUACUUCUCUGGUGGUAAUGAAAACCAGGCAGUGCCUUGUAACUGCAAGCACAAGGAGUGGUGGAGGAAGCUGUGCUGGAGGGGUGACUCAUUCUCAGCAGCAGCGAUAAAAAGAGCACAAAACACUCCUUGUUUAUCCUUAAUCUGGGAAAAUCAUAGAAGGUUCUCUGCAGUUCUGUCAUCCUAAGUUCAGGUCUUUGACGUCCUUUGUGUUUCAUGGGGUGAUGGCAACCAGCCCUGGUCCUUAAGGGGCCCGUGUGGGCAGGGGGAAGGAACUGCAUGCAGCAGCCUGCUCCUCACAGUUGCUGCCGCUUAGCACAGGGCUAGGUGGGUUUUGCACUUAGCAACUGGACGGUGUGGUCCUCCUCACGGUACAGGAGGGGCUGAGAUCUGCGUGAUGGAGCAGAUGGCCGCUAGUGUCCCAGCGUGUGCUCGCUUCUGUGUGUGUACUUAACGAUAUUUUGUAUACGAGAAGAGUUUUUAUAUACUUUGGUACAUCUUAUGACACAAAAUAUUUAAUUAAAGAUGUUUGAUACCUUCCGUU